AUGUCUAUUAAGGAGUUGCUUUGGAAAGAUCCUACGGCCAGUCAAGUCAUCAGCGACGAUUCGAAGCUUGUAAAGAAAUUACCGGGAAAUUUAAGAAAAGGAUUUAUGAAUCUUUCUCGUAAAAUGAAUCAAGAAAUGUGUAGAGAAUUCGUACUAGAUUUUAACAAACAUGAAAUCGAGAUGAAACCAGCUAAAUUAAUACGAUCAAACUUGGAAAGAAUCGAAAGAAGAUAUUGA